AUGGGUUCCACAGAAGACCUUGACUAUCCUCAAGUCAUCUUGCAAUACAACAGAGGAUUUUUAGUCUCAAAGGUAAUGUUCACUGCCUGUGAAUUGGGAGUGUUUGAUCUUCUGGAGUCAGGAGAGCCUCUGUCUUCAGAUGCCAUUGCUGUGCGCUUAGGUACCAGUACCACUGGGAUGGAGAGGCUGCUGGAUGCCUGUGUGGGAUUGAAGCUCUUGGCAGUAAAGCUGACAGAAGAAGGAGCCCUCUACAGAAACACAGAAAUUUCCAACACCUACCUUACAAAAUCAAGUCCCAAGUCUCAGUAUCAUAUUAUGAUGUAUUAUUCCAAUACAGUCUACUUGUGCUGGCACUACCUGGCAGAUGCUGUGAGAGAAGGAAGGAAUCAAUAUGAAAGAGCUUUUGGCGUUUCAGGUAAAGAUCCUUUUGGAGCAAUGCACAGAUCAGAAGAAGAAAUGCUGAAAUUCAUGGCUGGCCAGAACUCAGUAUGGAGUAUAUGUGGCAGAGAUGUUCUUGCUGCAUUUGACCUUUCACGUUUCAGGCAGAUUUAUGACCUGGGAGGAGGUGGAGGAGCUUUGGCCCAGGUGUGUAUUUCUUUGUACCCAAAUUCCACAGUCACAAUUUAUGACCUACCAAAAGUCGUGGAAGUGGCCAAACAGCAAUUUAUUCCCCAUGAGGAACGUCGGAUUGCCUUCCAUGAAGGAGACUUCUUUAACGAUUCCAUUCCAGAAGCUGAACUGUAUAUUUUAUCAAAGAUACUGCAUGAUUGGGAUGAUGACAAAUGCAGCCAACUCUUGGCAAAAGUCUACAAGGCUUGCAGACCUGGUGGUGGAGUGCUGCUGGUUGAAUCGCUUCUGAGUGAAGAUAAAAGUGGUCCUUUAGAAACCCAACUGUAUUCAGUGAAUAUGUUGGUCCAGACAGAAGGAAAAGAGCGAACAGCAACAGAGUAUAGCAAGCUCCUUGAGGCAGCUGGCUUUGCAGAGAUUGAAGUCAAGAGGACUGGAAAAAUCUAUGAUGCUGUUUUAGGAAGGAAAUAG